AAGUAUUCUUAUCCAAAACCCAAAUUCCCUGCUCUUCCGCUAAAACCUUCUUCUCCUCCUUCUCCUCCUUCUCCUCCUUCUCCUGAUUCGUGCUUUCUUCAAUGGAGUCACUCCUGCACACAUCUUCGUCUCUGGUGUCUCUCAGACCCAGAAUAGACGGUCGAGAUUCGUUCAUAAACCCGUCGCGCGUGUGUCUGAGUCUUAGUCUCGGCCGCAGAGGAUCUAAAUCUCUUCCUUUGGUCGCGGCGGCGAAGAAGAAGAAAAGCAAGAAAGAUGACAACCAUAGCUUUUCAGCUAGGCCAGACGAAGCCACUGGUCCUUUUCCUGAAUCAAUUCUUCUUAAAGAGAAGAAAAUCGAUGAAGAAGGUGAUUUACUUCCCGAUUUUGCUGAUGCUGAAGAAAAGGAGCUAUAUGAGUUUCUGGAUCUUCAGCUCCAGAGCGACUUGAAUGAGGAAAGGAUGAGGCACUAUGAGGUGGUUUACUUGAUUCAUGAGAAACAUGCUGAGGAAGUCGAAAGCAUCAAUGAGAAAGUGCAAGAAUUCUUGAAGGAGAAGAAGGGGAAAGUCUGGAGGUUUAGUGACUGGGGAAUGCGUAGACUGGCAUAUAAAAUACAGAAAGCAGAGAAUGCACAUUAUAUACUGAUGAACUUUGAGAUAGAAGCGAAGUACUUGAACGAAUUCAAGGGAUUGUUAGAUAGUGAUGAAAGGGUGAUUAGGCAUCUUGUGAUGAAACGUGAUGAGGCCAUUACAGAAGAUUGCCCUCCUCCACCCGAGUUUCACUCUGUUCGGGCAAGUAUGAACGACGAUGACUUUGAUGAUGAUGAUGAAGAUGAUGAGGAAGAGGAAGAUGGUGAUAAUGUAGAGUACGAAGUAGAUGAUGAUGGUAAUGUCGUUAUGGUGUUGUAUGAAGAUGAAGAAGACGAAGGAGAAGAAGAUGGGGGUGAUGAACUGGAACAAGGACAGGAUCAGUCAAAUAACGCUAGAAGAGAAAACCGGAGAACAGUUAACGUUGGAGGUUAGAGCUGUUUGUAGAUUUUUGGGUCAUGAUUUGGAUAUUACGGUCACAUUGUUUAUUUUAUUGAUAAUAGCAUCGUUAAACUACAAAAACAAGGAAAGAUAAAGAAACUUGACUUGUUUGAA